AUGGAAGAGUUCUUUAUGGGCAGGCUCAUGUGGCCAUUUAUUACAGGUUGAAGGUCUUCAAUGCCAUUCAAUACACCCGGGGAAUAGUGCUCCACUACAGAAAAUUCGAGGGUGACGUCUUUGGCCUCCUCUCUGUACAUGCACACACACUCUCUCCUCUCUCUCUCUCUCUACACUGUACAGUCUUCCUCUCUCUUCUUCCUCGGGGCAACGGUCACGCCCAUGAUUGAGGGAGACGCUGGGUACUGAAUUAUCCGAUUUCCCUGGUUUCGGUUAAUUUUCUUAUAUAUUAAAUACAGAUAAUUAAGAGAGCUCCCGUGAGGAGGCCCAGGAAUUAACACCGCCGCUUCUUCGCUGAAAACCACGGGCCCCUCGCUGCCGGGCAGUAAAUACAGGAGUGGGUCCCGACCCGAGCCGACCCGGAAUGCCGUUGCCGGUGCAACCCCGAACCGGCCACUGGUGACCGUUACCCCAGUCACGUCUCAAUAGAAUCGUGUUUCCCUUGAUCCGUCACCUCCAAACAGGGAGAUUUGGAAAACUGGAUUCCGUGCGGUUCUUCAGGGGAUCCCUUUUUACUGGGUCAAGUCGUCUCACUUUUGGGCCGCCCAAAAACAUCAGGUCACUUUCUAAAGCCCGAUUCUAACACUCGGCCCAAAAAUAAUUCCGGGGAGCCGAUAACGCCCUGCCUUACAACCACUACUGUAACCGACGUCUCCCUCCAAGCCGAUCGGUUGCAGAAGAGAGAGAGAGAGAGAGAGAGAUUCUCGCGUCGGAAGGGCUUCUGUUUCGACAUGUCCAUCCCCAUCUCCAAAUCUCUCAGGCAAGUUGUUCUUCCCUGUUCCUCAUUCAUCAUAGAGCAGUCGUUCGAGAAGUGCUCCCCCCACCCCGGGUCGUAUUGUCCUCGUCGCCUCCUCUUUCUACAGUGUAUAAUCUUUACUCACUCAAUUAUCCCUCAUUCGGCGUUAGAAAAUCUAGCAAAUGGUUGGUAUCCUUCCCUGUGUGAACAGGUCAUGGAUCGAUUAUCUCUCUCGAAUGUUGCUCUUUUGAAUCGGUGUUUCCAGCGAAGUAGAGUGGUUUGGAUUCCACGUUGAUGUGAAGAUAGAUUGCUUCGAAGUCCCCUCAACAACCUACCCUAGAAAAUGAUAGACGGGCGUUUAUUACGGGAAAACUUGAUGCACCUGAUUGUCGAAUACUUAUGUUCUACGCGACAUUGGGGAAACAUACAGAUGAAGCAAUCCGGAGAUGACCUGGUUUUUAGUUUACUUCUGAAUGCUGGUACCUGCUGAUGGUUCUUCACUCGCUGUCAGACUUUUGGGAUAUUUUGGACUAAAGCAGCGUGAAAAAUUCAAAGUCAAGCUCGGAAGCUAAAUUGUGGUUGGGAUUUCGUACUCCAUUCAGUACAAAAGGCUUAUCCAUUCGAAUUGGUGUCGGCAAAUCGUCUAAUCUUUCCGAAUUUCUGACUGAUGGUACACUAAAACUUCCCAUUUCCAGGCAUUGUUAAGACUGAUGUGUCGUGAAUAUCAUUCGAGGCAUCUGAAAGAUGAAUCUACGCAGUCGAAAAAGAGGAAAUUGCAAAUUAAUGGAUUGAUGUCGGACUGCACUAGGCGUGUUUAGGUGAUAUAAUUGAUAAUCAUUAUGAGAAUAGCAGAAUGUGGCUAUAAUCUUGCGGCGGGAGUCAUACUUUUGUUCCUCUUCUUUCCUUUGAGGUUCAUCCUGCUUCACUUUUGUGCUUUCAGUCUGGUGUUUCAUUCGUAGUAGAAUGCGUAGAUUCCUUUGAUUGCUGAAUAAUUUUUUGCCUUGAUAGAAAAAGAUAUGUCGUCUUUAUGUCGUCUUUUUGGAAAUAAUCUGUUGGUCACAAUGAUCUCAUGGAGUUAAACCUGUUUAGAUUUUGAUCGAUAAUUCUGAGGUUCUUUACAAAGAAUCAGGCGACGUAGAUAUUUUGGAGGAGACGCAGUCGUUGGAUACCUUUAAUGUAGGGGGGCAGCGCUGAUGAAUUGAUCGGCAUUUGUGGGGACAAAUGUGAAGAUUUUGGAUUUAACGAAGAUCUUCUGCUGAUUGAUCCAGAAUCCUUGGAGAAUAGGAACUCCAAAUCCCGCCAUCACUUCCGAAUCUCCCGUGUUGUUUUCGUAAUCUAGGAGCCUCUGGGAAGGAAUAUUUUCCAGCAUCCUCAAUCUUUGACCUGCUUCAAGCUACGAAGAAGAGCGGGGGGGAGGUCAGCGGGGAUGAUAAAUCUCCGGCAAACCCUCCUUUCCCUGCUGACUGGUCCAGAAUCCUUGGAGAAUAGGAACUCCAAAUCCCGCUAUCACUUCCGAAUCUCCCGUGUUUUUUUUGUAAUCUAGGAGCUUCUGGGAAGGAAUAUUUUCCAGCAUCCUCAAUCUUUGACCUUCUUCAAGCUACGAAGAAGGGGGGGAGAGGUCAGCGGCGAUGAUGAAUCUCCUGCGACCCUAUAAAAAAAGUCAACCUCGGAUGAUGAAUUCUCUGCUGUGAUGGUCGAUGCCCAUCCGUCUGGCCUAGCCAUGGCUCUUCCUGUGGAAGGAGAUGAAAAAUGAAAGAGGAGGCGAGGCGAAGAGGGGUAGUAAAAGAAUAAUAAUGAAUUUGUUUUAUUUCUUUUUGAUCAGCAGACUUCGAGGCCGUACAGCACGCCGGCGAGCCUUUCGCCGCCGUCGAGGAGGAAGAAGCGCUCGCGCAGGCGUAGGAACGCGUGCCAGGUGAGGAGGCUGUCGGAGCCGGCCUGGUGGCACUUUCCCACCGCCCGCUCCACCUGCAACUCUCCGGCCACCCUCUCGAGCCCGCCAUAGAGGCGGUCGCAGAACCGCGCCAUGUGCUUCACGUCGAACACCCGCCGCCCGAAGAACCGCCGGUGGAGCGCGAGGAACUCCCCCAGCCGCUCCGGCAGCGGCGCCGCCGUGAGCACCUUGAUUAGGUACGCGAAGUCGUAGGCGCUGUGGAAGGUCACCCAGCUGACGGCGCCGCCGGCGUGGAGCAGCCCCGACCCAAGCAGCAGCUCCGCGAACCUCGAGCUGUCCGCGCCGUUCCGGCGGUUCCGCUCGAAGUCGAUGCCGUUCCGCCGUAGCAGUUCGAUGGACUCAUGCGCGUGGUCAUCCCUAGCAGGGUCGAAGUCCCGGAAGUUGAACUCCCAGAUGAACCCGCUGCCGCCGCCGAGUCCCAGGUCCGGCAAGUUCCCGCCGGCGUCGGAGAGGGUGAGCCCCACCUGGAUCAGCUUCAGGGCGUCGACGUUGGCCUUGAGGCAGCGGUACCGCUCCUCCGGCGUCGCCAGGAAGGGGUUCACCGGCGGCUGGUAAACCACUCCGGGGAACUCCGUGUCCAUGGCCACGUAGGGGUACCGCCGGAUCAGGCUCUCGAUCAGCUUGAACUCUGA